GCCAACACGGAGGUGGCAAUGGCAACGGACGCUCGCCUCUGCAGGUCGCACUCUUAGAUCCACGGGCACCUUGCACUUGGCUGCACACCUCUCCAGCCAGUCCUUUCUUGGUGAGCACCAGCUAGACGACUGCGUCAACGCGCUCUUCUCCGGGUUGCUUUAUCUUUAAGAAACGAGUUUCAUCCGCGCCUGCUGGAAAUAGUGUAGCUCUAUUAAGAUGAGUAACUACGCGCAGUUGGUGGAAAACUUCCAGUCGUUCUUGGAUGAAAAAGCAGAUCCCAGAACGAGAGAAUGGUUUUUGGUCGACAGCCCUGGAGUGCUCUUCACAAUUCUUGCUUCUUAUCUUUACUUCUGCAACAUAGCCGGCCCGCGCAUGAUGAAAAACAAAAAGCCCUUCCAGUUGAAGGGCGUCCUGAUUGCGUAUAACGCCUUCCAGGUUGUCUUCAGUGCCUAUAUCGCUUGGGAGGGCCUCCAGGGUGGCUGGUUGCACCACUACAGCUUCAAGUGCCAACCCGUGGACUACUCGCACGACCCCGUCGCCCUCAGGAUGGCGCGCGCGUGCUGGUGCUACUUUUUCUGCAAGAUCAUCGAGCUGCUUGACACUAUUUUCUUCGUAUUGAGAAAGAAGGACAGGCAAGUUUCUUUCUUGCAUCUCUACCACCACACCAUCAUGCCAUUCUGCGCUUGGGUUGGUACCCGCUACCUACCAGGUGGCCACGGCACUCUGCUGGGCGUGAUCAACUCGGUGGUGCACAUCGUCAUGUACUCGUAUUACCUGUUGGCUGCCUUCGGCCCUGAAGUGCAGAAGUACCUGUGGUGGAAGAAGUACAUCACCACCAUGCAACUGGUACAAUUCUGCAUCGUGUUCGUGCACUGCGCGCAACUGCUGGUGUACGAGUGCAAUUACCCCAAGUCCAUCAUUGUGGCCCUGUGCGCCAAUGCUAUCAUCUUCUUCUACAUGUUCGCCGAUUUCUUCAAGAAAAACUACGGCGAAAAGAAGAAGAAGACUGCGUGAAUGUGAUCAGUCAGCAAGUAGAGUCGGUCGGGAAACUGCCUUACAUACCCUUAACUGUCUUUAAAAAGCAGCAGUUAAUGACGCAAGCGUUGAUCGCUUUUUAUUAAUUAAUUAAUUAUGUUGAUAUAGAGGUUAAUAUUCACGUGCUCAUCAGUAGACUUGGGAAUUUCAGUCGCUUCUAAAGCAAAUUUCAAUUAUGAUUAUUUUGGCGAAAUUUUUCCUAUUUUUGCAAUUAAGUAGACUUGGUUUAAUGGCUCACAACUGUCGAUUGGUUGAAAUACCCGAGUCUACACAGAGAAUUCUGUUUAUUUGAAUUCCCGAUAAACGAUUUGAAGAUAACCUAGUUUCAAUUGUGAUUUUAAGAAUAUACCUCAGAUAAGAAGUUAAAUUUCAAACGUAUUAUGGUUAAUUUUGUAUUUAUCUUCUACGUAUGUAUUUUAAGAAAAAUAAAAUUUUACCACGUAGAA